AGCAAGUGUGUCUGUACUUUUUAUCAUCCCUGAAACACCGCCUCGAUUGAUCCCAGUGAUCGAUCGAUCGAUCGCGUACCCGACCCAUCGGCUUCGGUCCUACAGUAUAGACCCAACUGCUGAGACUACGACCCGCACCCUUGCAUCUGGAAUUACGACAGCAACAAUUUCUACUAUCAUUCAACCCUGGGUGAUCUGAUUUUAACAAUCCAUCUCAUCGGACGUCAUGGAGACGACUACGUCUCCGACUCAUCGACUUAUUCUUAGUCGUUUCAUCGAGUUUAUCAACUCGGGUAACCCGGAUAUCGGCAAAGAAGUAAUCUCCGAAUCUGCUGUAUUCCACGUUCCUUUCGGGGACGACCCUUUGACGGGGCUGGAUGGAUAUCUUCAAAUCCUUGGGAUGAUGCGCAGCGCGUAUCCCGAUAUUCAGUGGGCGCUGGAAGAAACCGUGUCGGAGAAGGAUAAGGUGGUCGCACGGUUUACGACUCGUGGAACUCAAACGGGGUCUUUUUUGGGGUUUCCACCGUCCGGCAAAGCAGUAUGUAUGACUGUAAAUAACAUUUAUCGAUUUGCGGAGGGGAAAAUCGUCGAGGAGCGGGGUUUGCCAGAUCUAUUCGGCAUGAUGGUUCAGAUUGGAGCGAUCGAUGUCGGAAGUUAA